AUGUCGUGCACUUCCCUGCUCAGCCCUCCCAACCUCCCAUCUCCACCGCCGCUGAAGAAACCCAGCACCGCCAAAUUGGCCAAACCCAAACCCAUCACCUGCCACGUUAGCACUAAAAUGUCCAGCAACCAACCGCCUGACCCAACUUCCCUCCUCUCCUCCGCCGCCAAGCUCUUGUGGGGCCCCUCCCUCCCUCCCGGCCUCCUCAUCUCCACCGUCCGCACAGCCUGGAAUUCCACGUGGCGCAUCAUGAUGUCCCAGCUCGCCCCCUCCGACCCCACCCUCGCCUACACCAGACCCCCCUCCAAAUUCCGCGCCACACCCAAUCAAAUCCCCCGCCAAGCCCAAACCUCCCUCCACCUCUACGUGGGCCUCCCGUGUCCCUGGGCCCACCGCACCCUCAUAGUCCGGGCACUCAAGGGCCUCAACGACGCCGUCCCAGUCUCAAUCGCAGCCCCGGGCCAGGACGGCUCGUGGCAAUUCAGCAGCACCCUUAUCCCCGAUCCGAAUACCCUCGUUCCCGGCCCGGAUAACGCAAACGGGUUUAAAACCCUGAAAGAGGUUUAUAAAUCGAGAGCAGGAGGGUACGCUGGGCGGUCCACGGUCCCAAUGCUUUGGGAUGUGAAGAAGAGAGAGGUGGUCUGCAAUGAGAGCUACGAUAUAAUCCAAUUGUUCAACUCGGGACUCAAUGAGUUGGCUCGGAAGCCGGGUUUGGAUCUCUCGCCGCCUCCAUUAAAGCAAAAGAUUGAGACUUGGAAUAGCAUAAUCUACCCAAACGUCAAUAAUGGGGUUUAUAGAUGCGGGUUUGCUCAGUCUCAACAAGCAUAUGAUACGGCGGUGAAUGAGUUGUUUGAUGCGUUGGACAUGGUGGAAGAUCAUUUGGGCAGCUCAAGAUUUUUGUGUGGAGAUGAUCUGACGCUUGCAGACGUUUGUUUGUUCACAACUUUGAUUCGGUUUGAUCUUGCGUACAAUGUGCUGUUCAAAUGCACCAAGAAGAAGCUGAUUGAAUAUCCUAACCUUCAUGCUUACAUGCGUGACAUUUACCAGAUUCCGGAGGUUGCUGAAACUUGCAAUUUUACUUCAAUCAUGGAGGGCUACUACAAGACCCUUUUUCCGCUCAACCCAGGAGGCAUUCAACCCGUCAUGCCCUCUGGGUCUGAGCAUGAAAUCCUCCGCAGACCUCACAACAGGGAUUCACUGUCAGUUAAAGAUAAAAGUGCGGCAGCGCUUUACAUUUCUUGA